AAUCAACCCUGCCCCUCCUACCUCUUCCGACUCUGACUAACGAAACGACUAACCAUAAGUAGUAUACUAACGACAACGAUAAUACACAUACAAUUACAGCAAUGGAAAUGACUAACACUCAAAGACGGCUACUAAACAGCUGCGAGAUAAACUAAUGACCCCUCGUUAUUCCACUUACACCACCUCUGACGUUGGAGCGCCCCGUCGCGACGAGUCAUCGUACUCAUACUCGAAGACCGUUCGCUCGGAGACAUCCAGCGCUGCCUCCGAUCCGUACUCGUCGCGUCCGUCGACGUCAUCCUCGACGUAUUCUUCGACUGCGGAACGCAACAGCCGUGGCGGCCCGGGUGGCUACUCGUACAAUACCGAGCGCACCAGCACCACCGGCAGUGGACCGGGCGGUUACAGCUACAGCUCGACCACUUCCGGCCGGCUGCCAUAUGGAACCUCCUACAGACACUACUCCUACCGUGUCUAAGCCGUUUCGGCACACAAGCAAAAGUGGCACCACUCACGAACGCAGCCAAAUUGGCAGAUUGUCCUAACACUUUUUUAUCUACCGUGCAAACAAAAAAACAAACCAAAAAAAUGUCAAUUCGAAACACAUUUGUAUUUUUGUGACUAAUUACUAUUUAUUAUAAUGAACAAAUAUAUGAUCCCCAAAUACACACACACACAUACACAGGCAAACAAACACCAACACAAAACCAAUGAGAAAUUGGAACGAAACCUAUCCCCCCAAGGGAGGUGAAACAAAUUUACAUAAAAAUAAGAAACUCAAACGAACAAACAAACAUUUUUACUCUCUCAAAUGUAUAAACAAUGAUGGAAAAGCUUUUUUGUGUAAUCUUUUUACUUUGGAAUUUUGCAAAUAAAACGAACAAAUGAGUUCAAAACUCUACAAACAA